AAGACUUAAACAAGCUGAGAAAACAAAAGCUGACCUUCAACUUAGCAAAUUAAUUGCUGAAGAAGAAUAUGUGAAAAUACAGCAGGAGCUGACAGAGCUAAAGGAUGCUCAAGAGGAACUUAAUAAAGAAAGUGACAUGUCUAAGGCCGUCUAUGAGACAGAACUUUGUAUGCUAAACCAAGAGAAUGCUGAGCUGAAGAGAGAGAUUGAGAAGCUCAAAGAAGAGCUUGCAGAAUGUUGUUCAGCGCUUUCACAGGAUGGUAAGAUUAAAAAAAAGGUGGCAGAAAUGAAAGUGCAGUUCACUCACAUGGAAGACACAGAGGGUGACUUUCCAGAUACGAAUACCCGCUGCGUUUUUCUGUAACAACAAGAAUCCCAUUCAAACUGAACCAAAACCAAGCACUGCUUACUUUGGAAGAUGAAGAAGUUGCCCAGAGACUGACAAAAAUGGGUAAGCAUACUGUGAACCUGGAUGGAACUACAGCAGAUGUGAAAGUGGUGCCUUUUACAGCUGGAAUGGGAGUCAAAUUUGAGCUCCACGUCACCAUUUCUGGAAAGAAGAUCAAUGUUUCAGAAAUCCCUGAGCUUCCAAUUCCUGAUGAAUGGAUGAGAGACAAAUUAGAGCUGAAUUUCUACAAAUCUGAGCAUGGAGGAGGAGAAGUAGAAAAUGUAAAAUACGACAAGAGGUCCAGAACAGCUGUUAUUACAUUCACUAGACCUGGAGCAAUAGCCAGCAUUGUGAGAUGUGAUAGACACCCCUUCUAUGUAAAUGGAAGGUGCCAUAGGCUUUCUGUGUCCCCAAGCACUGAUGGACACUUGGAAAAGCUUCAGCUCUUUUCUGGUAUUUCUACGAAGACCAUUCUAUUGAAAGGAAUUAAAGAGACUGAAGAUGAUGAGGAAAGUGUGCAGGAUAUGAUUGAAAUUCAUUUCCAGAAGCCUAGUAAUGGUGGUGGGGAAACAGAGAAUAUCAAAUAUGUAUCAAAAGGAGCUGUGUGGGUUUGUUUUGAAGAGGAUGCUUAGAAUGCCAUAUAGAAAAUUGUGUAUCUCUCUCAGAAGUUCUGAGCUUUUGCUUCAUCAGAGGGAUAAGUUAAACCAGUGGUUCUCAUAUAAUUGAGCCUUAAUGUUUAGAAAUUGAAAAAGAGGAACUAUCUUUCUGAUUUGUUUAAUGGCACAAACUUUGAACAGAAAUUCAUUAAAACUUAAUGCUUAGUGUU